AGUAGAGUUGGACCCACAUGCUCGUCCGCAGAGCCCAGUCAGCAUUUGACUCAGUAGUGGCAGCAGGGGAUCUAGGAUUUCCACUUGUCAGAUAUAACUCCCCGUUACCGAAAUCCAGUGCAGCCAAAAUGUCAAAGUUGGACCAGAUCCUUGUCCUUGACCCUCCCGUCGACCUCAAAUUCAAAGGUCCUUUUACAGAUGUAGUCACCACCAACCUCAAACUGAAGAACCCCUCUGACAGAAAAGUCUGUUUCAAAGUGAAGACGACUGCGCCGCGCAGAUACUGUGUACGGCCAAACAGUGGUGUCAUUGAUCCUGGAGCAACUGUCAUUAUCUCUGUUAUGCUACAGCCCUUUGACUAUGACCCCAAUGAGAAAAGUAAACACAAAUUCAUGGUGCAGACCAUUUUUGCCCCAUCAACUGUUUCUGACAUGGAUCCAUUGUGGAAAGAGGCAAAACCAGAUGAUCUCAUGGAUUCCAAGCUGAGAUGUGUCUUCGAGCUGCCUUCUGAAAACGAUAAAGUGGUAAGAGGUGCUGCCGCACAUUAAAAACGGCUUACUUUC